GUUACUUUGGCAUUAAUAGGUGCCAGAUUUAAGUUUGUAAACAGUCUUUUUUGUGUGAAAAAUUAGCAUACAAACUUGGUCUCUUUUUUUGCCUUCUUGAGUAAGGCAGCUCUAAAAGGCAGGUAUUCCAGCCAAGCUCAGUGUUUUCUGUGAUGGUGGGGCAGCCAACGGAAAAUACAGAGCGUUAGUAAUGUUCUCUAGUUGUGUUGUGAUUGGCUCAGUGUUCUGUCACUCAUGGGGACACUGUCACCACCAAACCUAAGGGUAGAACUCAAAUUCAGUGGAGUGGGUGUGUAGUCCCGAGUCUGGGUUUAAGGGUCUCUUUUCCAAUCUUAAAAGGAUAAACAUUCAACAUAGGCCAUGGUGUCAAUCCAAUAUGACUUUUUCCUGCGCUCAAAACAACUUGAAACUCAGAACUGGGAAAUCUGGGGGGGGAAAAUGAGCUCCGACUGGGAAAAUACGUUUGAACGGUCAUCCAACUCGGAAUUGCAAGUCGGGAACUCGGGCCUCUUUCGAGAGCCUUGACCUGACGUCUUCAUGAUUCAGCCUUAUUUUUUUUAAGAGUUCCCAGUUGUCUUGAAAUCACCAUAUAUCCAGAGAAUGCCAGAGGUCAUUGGUCACAGAUAAAAUUUCGUCAAAUCACGUUAUAUCUACAGCAGCUUUGAUGGGACUGCUUUUUUGGACUCACAAGCCAUGGACAUCAUAGAUCCCAUCUUGGGCAUAGCGGAGAAGCUCUACUCUCUAUGUGGUGAAGUGAAAGCCAACAAGAAACGAUGUCAGCGUUUGGGUAUGCGCGUAAAAGCCUUGGAAGAGCUGGUGAGGGCGGUAAAGAUGAAGGGGCUGGGGGAAUACCCUGCCCAUGUGGAGAACGGCCUGAGUGAGCUCAAAUUCACCUUAGAAUCUGCCCAGGAUGUGGUUAAGAAAUAUGCCAGUGCCAGCUACCUGAAGCGCAUCCUGAAGGCCUACGACCAGGGAGAUGAUUUUGAAAGUUUGAAUGAGCGCUUGAACGAUGCAGCUCAGGUGCUCUCGCUUGCCCUGCAGGUGGACCAGAGACAGAAGCUACAGCAGGUGUUUCAAGAGGCGACACGAUGGAGAGAGGAUGAGGAAGACAGAGAGAUUGAUUGUCUGGAGCUGCAAAAAUUGCUACAGUCUCUGGCGGAGGGCAACAAGGAAAGAUUGGACACAAUGCAUGAGAAAAUGGACUCCACCAAAAAGGAUGUGAAAGACAUCAAAGCAAUGUUGGAAACCUUACAGAAGCCCAGCAUUUUAAUUCAAGACAUCAGAGAGAUCAAGCCAGAGGAGCUGACCUACGACAUGCCCAAAGAGCCCAUAUUAAAAAAUGACAACUCAGUUUUGUACAAAGGAGAGUAUAACAAAUUCACAGUAGCCAUCAAAAGAUACACCUACCCAAGGAGCACAAGCCCAAGUCAGCUGAGAAGCAUCUUCAAAAAGGAGGUGGAGACUAUGAAGCGCUUUGAGUCGCCAAACAUCCUGCGAAUGUUUGGGAUCUGUGUCCAGCAAGAGGGCGGUCCCAAUCCAAACUACCUUAUUGUGAUGGAGUUUUGUGAGAAGGGCAGUCUAAGAGAGGUGCUGGAUUCCCAAAGUAAGCUGCCCUGGGACAGAAGGGCCCGCAUGAGUCUGGAUGCAGCACAAGGCCUUUACAGAUUACACCAGUCUGAGAAGAAGUUUCAAGUGCACGGAUGCAUCAACAGCAGAAAGUUCCUAGUAGAUACCGGGUACAGAGUGAAGCUAGGAGGUUUGGAGCUGGUGAAAACAGAGACUUCGUUGAAGAAGUCUAAGGACCGGAAGAGCUGCUCCUUAUGCUACAGCUCCCCGGAGCAGCUUGAGAAUAUCAACAACCCCUACAACAAAGCCUGUGAGAUGUACAGUUUUGGCAUUGUCCUGUGGGAGAUUGCAACCCGCGAGAUUCCCUUCAGAGACUGCUUACCAGAAGAGGUGUUAAAGAGGGUGAGUAAAGACAAAUAUACUGAACCUCUUCCUGAAGACUCCCCAAAACAGUUGGGAGAGCUGAUCAACGCCUGUCGCUCCUAUGACAGCUUCCACAGGCCAACGGCAGGAGUGUUGGUGGACAGGCUCCGCAAAGUGGUGGAGCAGUUAGAGGAGGACUAACAGAGUUUCCUCUCCAGAGUUCUCAGAAACUAGGUUGGAGAAGAGGAUAAACAAGAACAGUUCCAGUUUCAGCUCCAGUUUAAAGACAUCAACUGACCGCCCCAAAUUCAUCAUGGGAUGAACAACACCACACCAACAGACGGUUGAUCAAGUGCCUGUGAUGUCAUUUAAGCCUAGUACAUUUUUACAUCAUUAGUCAGGAAUAAUUUUUAUUGAAACUGUGAAAUGAUAUGCAAUUGAUUUGACAAACUAUUAAAGCAACACCAUCAAAAUGUUUGCUACUAUGGUUCAAAGCUUUGAAAAUAAAAUAUUUAAUAAUGAAGCGA